UUGUACAUUUUUGCUGCUCUUUCCUAAGCAGUGAGGAGAUGCAGUCCAAACAGAACUACACUGAUUCCUCCUUCAAGACUAACAUCAGACAUCACAAGACUGAAUCAGACCUACAGACACCAACACUGCUGAAAGAGAUUGAAGACCUGCAUCAUGAUUUACAUGAACAAGUGUAUGAUGUUCUGCAGAGAGUCAAAGACCAACACAAAACCAUCACGAAGAACAAAUAUGAGAGUUUAUUUGAGGGAAUCAAACAACGAGAGAAUCAAACCCUCCUGAAGAGGAUUUACACACAACUGUACAUCAUAGAAGGAGAGAGUGAAGGUGUGAAUGAAGAACAUGAGGUUUUACACAUGGAGAAAAACACCAGAACACAACACUUACAAGACACAACAAUCUACUGCAAUGACAUCUUUAAACCCAUACCUGAACCAGAAUAUAAAACAGAGAAAAGAAGAGAGAGAAAAGACAAAAUAAAGAGUGUUCUUACUAAAGGCAUUGCUGGAAUUGGAAAAACCGUCUCUGUACAGAAAUUCAUUCUGGAUUGGGCAGAGGGAACGGCCAAUCAGGAUGUAGAUUUCAUGUUUGUGUUUCCGUUUCGAGAGCUGAACUUGAUUCAAGAUGAUCAGUACAGUCUUCACAAACUUCUGCUUGACUUUCAUCCUGAACUUCAAGAUCUGGACUCAAAGAUUUAUGAUGAGUGUAAAGUUGUGUUCAUCUUUGAUGGUCUGGAUGAAAACAGAAUGACACUGAUGUUUUCAGAUGCUGAGAAAGUUUCUGAGGUGACUGAGACUUCAUCGGUGCCUGUGUUGAUAUCAAACCUCAUAAAAGGAGAUCUGCUUCCCUCUGCUCUCAUCUGGAUCACCUCCAGACCAGCAGCAGCCAAUCAGAUCCCAUCUAAAUACAUCAACCGUCUGACAGAAAUCCAGGGAUUCACUGACGCUCAGAAGGAGGAAUAUUUCAGGAAGAGAAUCAGUGAUGAACAUCAAGCCAGCAGAAUCAUCUCACACGUCAGAAGAUCAAGAAGUCUCCACAUCAUGUGUCACAUACCAGUCCUCUGUUGGAUCUCAUCCACUGUGCUUCAAAACAUCCUGAAACAAGACAAUGAGAGAGCAGAAAUCCCUAAAACUCUGACUGAAAUGUACAUCCACUUCCUGCUGAUUCAGAUGAAUAUGAAGAAUGAGAAGUAUGAUGAGAGAGAUCCAGAGAAACUCCUGCAGUCCAACAGAGACGUGAUUGUCAAACUCUCUGAACUGGCUUUCAAACAGCUGAUGAAGGGUAAUGUGAUAUUUUAUGAGGAGGAGCUGAGAGAGUCUGGCAUAGACAUCACUGACGCCUCACUGUAUUCUGGGAUUUGUACUGAGAUCUUUAAGGAGGAAUCUGUGAUGCAUCAGAAGAAAAUCUACUGCUUCAUACAUCUCAGCUUUCAGGAGUUCCUGGCUGCAUUUUAUGUAUUUUACUACUAUGUAAGUACAGCUACAGAAGCACUGACCAUUUUUGCUGCCCUACAUGAUUUGCUAAAAGUAGCAGUAGAUAAAGCUCUUGUGAGUAAAACUGGACAUCUGGAUAUUUUCCUGCGAUUCCUGCUGGGCAUCUCACUGGAGUCCAAUCAGAGACUCUUAAAGGAUCUACUGACACACACGGUAGACACCUCAGAAACCAUCAGUGAAAUCACACAGUACAUUAAAGAUAAAGUCAAGCAUAAUGAAGAUCUCACAGCUGACAGAUCCAUCAAUCUGUUUCUAUGUCUUCUUGAAGUGAAUUAUCAGACUCUGUACAGAGAGAUUGAGGAGUUUGUGAGAUCAGACAAACACUCAGAGAAGAAACUCUCUGCUGCUCACUGUUCAGCAAUAGCCUACAUGCUUCAGAUGUCAGAGGAGGUGCUGGAUGAACUGAAUCUGAAGAAAUACAACACAACAGAGGAGGGAAGAAGACGACUCAUACCAGCUGUCAGCAACUGCACAAGAGCUAUACUUGCUGACUGUAAUCUCACUGCCAAGUCCUGUGAAAUUGUGGCUUCAUGUCUCCGAUCCCCAAAUUCACCUGUGAGAGAUCUGGAUGUGAGUAACAAUGAUCUGCAGGAUUCAGGAGUGAAGCUCAUCUCUGAUGCUCUCAAGAGUCCAGACUGUAAACUACACACACUGAGAUUAUCAGGUUGUAUGGUGACAGAUGAAGGUUGUUGUUAUUUGGCUUCAGCUCUGAGUUCAAACCCAUCAUCACACCUGAGAGAGCUGGAUCUGAGCUACAAUCACCCACAACACUCAGGACGCCAGAUGCUCUCUCAGAUUCUUGCUGAUACAAACUACAGACUGGAGUUACUUGAUCUGGACCACAAUGAACAAUUCAGAAUCACACCAGGGCUACGAAAAUAUGCCUGUGAUCUCACACUGGAUCCAAACACAGCAAACAAUCAUCUGGUUCUGUCUGAGGGAAACACGAAGGUCACACAUUUUAAAGAUCUUCAGUCAUAUCCUGAUCAUCCAGACAGAUUUGAUGAAGUUCCUCAGGUUCUGUGUAAAGAGAGUCUGACUGAACGCUGUUACUGGGAGUUUAUAAGGAGCGGUUGGGGUCAUGUAGCAGUGGGUUAUAAAGGAAUCAGCAGGAAAGGAAGAAGUGGCUGUUGGUUUGGACUCAAUGAAAGUUACUGGAAUCUUUACUACAAAAGCAACUCUAACAUUUACAGUUUCUGGCACAAUUCUAAGAAUAUAGACAUUGCUUCACCUGUCCCUUCUAAUAGAGUAGGAGUUUAUCUGGACUGGCCAGUGGGCACUCUGUCAUUUUACAGCGUCUCUGAUACACAAACACUCACACACAUACAUACAUUCAACACAACAUUCACACAACCUGUUUGUGUUGGAUUUAGACUUUAUAAAGAUUCCUCAGUGUCACUAGCCUCUUUUGCAAUGUCGGGCCAGUGAGAGCCAGGGCUUUAAAUGGGCCAGGUGGGGCCAAAACAUUCUGACUUCCACAUUCAAAGCCAAAAUCAAGACCUAUUUCUCCUGUCAGGCCAGUAGCACUACUUUAACAUUUGGGAAUUUUUUGUUUCAAAUCAGUACAUUAUAGCAUGUAUCCAAGUGGCCAAGGCUUUGUUACAUAAAGCCAAGUCUGUUCAUUUGACAUCUGACAGGUGGAUGUCCAUGAAUAUGGAUGCAUUUUCCAGUACUUGCUAUUACACCAGCAAUGAAUCCAACCCAGCCAACAGUGCUUGGUGGGGCCAAUGUAGGCCCCAUAUGGGCUUGCAAUAUGGGCCCCAAAUUGUUCUUGCACCCGGGUUCCAUGCUGGCCCCAUCUGACUUAGCUCACAUGAACCUUCUGUAGAAUCUAAAACCAAUGUGGACUAAACCAAAGUCAAGUAUGGGUGUGGUUGGGUUGAAGAAGUGAUGAAAUUAAUUAGUUAAGAGGUGUGUUCGACAUCGGCUGUGGCUGGAUGUAACCGAUCGGCGAGAUUAACCGCAUGCAGGCGGGGAGGAGCUGAAAACGGAGACGUGAAGUCGGACGCGCUGUGCUUCCCGUAGUUUGCAGCAUUUACGUCAGGCAUGGCUGAUCACGUGCCGUUUGCUUGCUUUAUCACAAUAAACAUGAUUUGUAAGAUGUAAACUACAUAAAAAGUGAAUUGUAUUGUUUUGAAUGUCCGUGUAUGAGCAUGAGUGGAACUGAAGAGGCUUACAGCAUCUGUUUUUACAGGAAUAAAGUUUAACAUAAGCAUAUAUUAUUUAAAUACCAAUGUAGUGGGGUCUACGUUUUUUCAUUUCUAUUUCCAUUUUAUUUUGAUGAAGAUGACAUAAUAUAACAUCGCGAGCAUUUGUGGAACUGAGGGCGUGAAAAUAAGCAUGAAAUACACGUGAUUGUUGUCCAGUGUUGGGAACGUUACUUUAAAAAAGUAAUUAGUUAUAGUUACUAAUUACUUCUCACAAAUAGUAACUGAGUUAGUAACUGCGUUACAUUAUUAUAAAAGUAAUUAAUUACCAGGAAAAGUAAUUACUGCGUUACUUAAAAAAAAAAAAUAUUUCAAAUAACUUGAAUGCCCCUUACAAAAUGAAAUAUGUUAAAUGACUAAAAUGGAUACUAAAGAGAAAUCAUUAAUUUUGUGGCAGCAUGUGACGAUGUGAGGUGCUUUAUUAGAUCAGAAUUACUUGCCACAGACGUGGAGAGACUUUUUCUUCAUGGGCAUAAGUUGCACAUUACACAAACAUUCUUGCCUUUCACCUCAACAAUGGAAAAGUAGUGCUUUAUACUUCGUGUUUGCGACCGCUACCUUUGAGCUUGUUGUACUUGCCAUCGCCCUGUCGCCGGUGUUUUCGGAGUGAUUGAUGCGCGAUGACCGGGCUGCAUGUCAGUGCUUUGAGAUGGGGCACAGUCAGCAGCAGCACCGCUGCUCGUUGAGAAGAGAAAACGACGCGUAUUUUCAUGUCAGUCUACAAAAGUCUCCAACCAUGCUAGAAAAGAUAGCUAGAUUUGUCCUAUAAAGUCGCUAAAGUGAUAGAAAGUUGCUAAAUCUAGCGACAAAGUGACCAAGUUGCUCAGACUUUUUAACACUGCUGCUCGCUCCUCGGACUUGGACUGCGCGUGUGGGCGGGCCUUUUUGUGAAAUCUGCCUCUGGUUGGCUACCGAUGGAAAUUAAGCCAAUCAUCAUCCGUUAUGUUUCUCACAACACACACAAGAGAAAAACAGUGUUUGGCUGAGAGAGUGAGCAUACGCGGCUGAAAAUCACUACAGUAUCAGUUUUAGUAAUGCGCAGCAUUUUAAUGUCAGUAACGAUAACGGCGUUAUAACGGGGGAAACAGUAAUUUAUUUGAUUACUCGUUACUGAAAAAAAUAACGCAGUUACUAACGCCAAUUACUUAUAACGCCGUUAUUCCCAUCACUGUUGUUGUCAUGUGGUGAAUCCGACCAAUGGUGAAACAGCUGUGUCGUCAUUACAGCCCGUGCAGCUCCUCUUCGCGAACUGCGCUGGCUAACUCAGGCGGCUGAUCUCGAAUCGCUCUCGCGGUACUUAAAAACCAUAUGACACAGUCACGUGCCUACAGCACCAGCUGAAGUCGGACAAAAAUACUAACCGGAAUGCACUGCUUCAAGUCAGCCACCGAUCGGUCUGCGCAGCGCCGCAUGAAGUCGAACACACCUAUUGACUUUGUAUUGCGAGAGGCCGCCUCCUUGUCAUUUCUGGCUUAUAACAAAAAACUGAAUGAUGCCUAAAAGCUGCUGUGUGACAAUACGUACAGCUAACAAGCCAAAGAACCCAGAAAUAAGUUUUUAUAAGCUGUCGAGCCGUAAAACCCAGCCUUUAAGGAGAAUAAAGUGGAUCGCCGACUACGUUUCCCCCUAGUGGACGCAGUUCUACUAAUAUGAGUGGGUGAUUCUCACGAAACCAUUGAAACACCACGGCACUAAUGAUUUUAGCUUUAAAAUGUGUAAUAUAGUAACAUUAAAAAGCAUCAGAAUUAACACAAUACUGUGUUCUACCUUGCACAAUGUGUGAUUUCAACAUUAGAAUUUAUAAUUGUAAAUUUAAUUUCAUUUUCUGCUGAAAUUCUCAUUACCGCAAUGUGUCCGGCUGUGUUUGAACAUGCGUUAUGUUGUAAUUUAAUCAAAUUAACACAAAAAUAUUAAGAAAAAAAAAUAAACGGAUGUUUUGCUAGACUACUUUAGAUGACAGAAAAAAUAUUUACUGAAUAUUCAUGUAUAAUAAUAAUGAAGAAAAAUUAGGAAAAUGAUGUGUCCAUGCCUGAUGUUCUCCGCAACACUUUUUGAGAACAGUUUAAGCACACAUACAGAAUUUUAAUAAAGUUUGAUUUUGAGUGACCAAGCACAUGGGCCAGUUACUUCAAGAUAGCUACCAGGUAAGAUCAUUUUUUACAGUUAAUUUGAAAUAUUGUCUUGUCAGAAUGCUUACACGACAUUUUGAUUAUCAUUACCGCAACAGAUGCUUAUUAAAUGUUAAUUUAAUUAAUAGACGCAUAAUACUUUGAUUUUAAAUGCAUGUGCAGAAUCUCCAAAUGUUGUUCUUUCAGGUUUGUCAUGUCAUUUUGAAAAUAUGUCAGUGUUGAUGUUUUCUGACUGUUGCGGUAAUGAGAUUUUUUAGGACUAU